CCUUCCCUUCGUCCCUUCGUCCUUCACGUCCCAGCUUCAUAGAUCUCGCAGCAAUGGCUCCCGCUCCUAACGGUGUCCACGCUUCCCUCGCUCCCGGCCACUUCCUCUUCACCUCCGAGUCUGUUGGUGAGGGUCACCCAGACAAGAUCUGCGACCAAGUCUCUGAUGCUAUUCUCGACGCCUGCCUGGAGCAGGACCCUUUCUCUAAGGUUGCCUGCGAAACCGCUGCAAAGACGGGCAUGAUCAUGGUCUUCGGUGAAAUUACCACCAAGGCUCAGGUCGAUUACCAAAAGGUCAUCCGUAACACGAUCAAGCAGAUCGGGUACGAUGACUCUGAGAAGGGCUUUGACUACAAGACAUGCAACAUCCUCGUUGCAAUUGAGCAGCAAUCUCCCGAUAUUGCCCAGGGUCUCGACCAUGGCUCGCUUGAAGACCAUGGUGCGGGUGACCAGGGUAUUAUGUUCGGUUAUGCAACUGAUGAGACGGAGGAAUACAUGCCGUUGACCAUCAUGCUCGCUCACAAGCUCAAUGCUGCUAUGGCUGCCGCGCGUCGUUCUGGCCUUCUUCCUUGGCUUCGUCCUGACUCGAAGACCCAAGUCACUGUCGAGUACAAGAAGGAAGGUGGUGCAACUAUCCCGCUUCGUGUCGAUACGAUCGUUAUUUCCACCCAACACGCCGACUCAAUCUCGACUGAGGAACUCCGCAAGGAAAUCAUCAGCAAGAUUGUCAAGCAGGUCAUCCCCGCCAAGCUCCUCGAUGAGAGGACCAUCUAUCACAUUCAACCUUCCGGACGCUUCGUCAUUGGCGGUCCCCAAGGUGAUGCUGGCUUGACUGGCCGUAAGAUCAUCGUCGACACGUACGGUGGUUGGGGAGCGCACGGUGGAGGCGCUUUCUCUGGAAAAGACUUCUCCAAGGUUGACCGCUCUGCAGCAUACACGGCCCGCUGGAUCGCGAAAUCUCUUGUCGCUGGUGGUCUUGCUCGCCGUGCUUUGGUACAGCUGUCUUACGCCAUAGGUGUUGCGGAGCCGCUGUCCGUCUACGUUGACACGUACGGUACUGGGAAGAAGUCCGACCAGGAGCUCGUUGAGAUCAUCAAGAAGAACUGGGACCUCCGACCUGGUGUUAUCGUCCGCCAGCUCGACCUCCAAAAGCCUCAAUACCUCAAGACUGCUUCCUACGGCCACUUCGGCAACCCCGGAUACGCCUGGGAGAAGCCCAAGCAGCUCGUACUUUGAGCAUUUCUGCUUGAUACCCUAUUCUCUACAUCCCUUGUAGACUCUUGAUUUGUGCAUUGGAAGUUCAUCCUUCCAGCUCGACUGGUGUUUAUUUUAUGACGAACCAUGGCGCGCUCCCCCGCGCCACACACCCUUUACCAUUAUAGACACCCAUCACUACCCUGCGUCUGUAUAGAGUGCAGUCGCACCGUCGAUCAUUCAACACUCGACAUUCCCCAUCCCACACACACUUCACGCCUACCCACGCUUUUAGGAAAUAACGAGAGGAAUUAGUAGAAUUAGCAUGACCUGUAAUUGUUGAAAAUUAUAAUCGCGUUCAACCGCGUUAAACGAUUUAAAAAAUGCAUCUUGAUGGCAAAAGAGAA